AGACCAAAUUGAAAAUGAUGCAGGAAGUCAGUGAGAACUUUGAGAAUGUGACAUCCUCUCCUCAGUACUCUACUUUUCUGGAACACAUCAUCCCUCGUUUUCUAACCUUUCUUCAAGAUGGAGAAGUGCAGUUUCUCCAAGAGAAGCCCACCCAGCAAUUAAGGAAACUGGUCCUUGAGAUUAUUCACCGCAUCCACAAUGAGCACCUACGGCCUCACAUAAAGAACAUUCUCUCUGUGAUGUUUCGCUUCCUCGAGAUCGAGAGUGAAGAAAAUGUGCUCAUCUGUUUGCGCAUCAUCAUCGAGCUGUGCACAAUGCAGUUCAGACCUCCAAUCUCUCAAGAGAUUCAUCAUUUUCUGGAUUUUGUAAAGCAAAUCUACAAAGAUCUACCAAAAGUAGUGACAAGGUACUUUGAGAAUCCUCAAGUGAUAGCGGAGAACACGGUGCCAUCGCCAGAGAUGGUGGGCAUGAUCACUUCAGUGAUGGUGAAGACUGCUCCUGAGCGGGAGGACAGCGAGACUCGAACGCAUACUAUAAUCCCACGGGGGUCACUGUCGCUCAAGGUCCUCGCUGAGCUGCCCAUCAUAGUGGUGCUCAUGUAUCAGCUCUACAAGCUGAACAUUCACAAUGUUGUGUCUGAGUUCGUGCCGCUGAUUAUGAAUACUAUCAUGCUGCAGGUGUCUCCUCAGGCUCGGCAACACAAACUCUACAACAAGGAACUUUACGCGGAUUUCAUUGCUGCUCAGAUCAAGACGCUGUCCUUCUUGGCCUAUAUCAUCCGUAUCUACCAGGACCUGGUUGGGAAGUAUUCUCAGCAGAUGGUGAAGGGGAUGCUGCAGCUGCUGUCUAACUGUCCUCCUGAGACUGCUCACCUCCGCAAAGAGCUGCUCAUCGCUGCCAAACACAUCCUUACCACAGACCUGCGCAGCCAAUUCAUUCCAUGCAUGGACAAGCUUUUCGAUGAGUCGAUACUCAUCGGUUCAGGCUACACAGCGAGAGAGACGCUGAGACCCCUGGCCUACAGCACACUGGCAGACCUGGUGCACCAUGUCAGGCAAAACCUACCUCUGACGGACCUCUCACUGGCUGUGCAACUGUUUGCCAAGAAUAUCGAUGAUGAGUCCCUGCCUAGCAGCAUCCAGACCAUGUCCUGUAAGCUGCUGCUCAACCUGGUGGACUGCAUCCGAUCCAAGAGCGAACAGGAGAAUGGCAAUGGUAGAGACAUCCUCAUGAGGAUGCUGGAGGUAUUUGUGUUGAAAUUCCACACUAUUGCACGGUAUCAACUUGUGUCCAUCUUCAAAAAGUGCAAGCCCCAGUCAGAGAUGGGUGUAGUGGAUCCAGGAGCAUUGCCUGGCGUCCCAGCUACACCUACAGCCACCACACCAUCGUUACCUCCACCUGCACCUCCCACACCUGUCACACCAGCUCCGCCCCCUGCCACACCAUUUGACAGAGCAGGGGAUAAAGAGGACAAACAGACCUUCCAGGUGUCAGACUGUCGUAGCCUAGUCAAGACACUUGUGUGUGGGGUGAAGACAAUCACCUGGGGAAUUACCUCCUGCAAAGCUCCUGGAGAAGCUCAGUUCAUUCCCAACAAACAACUUCAACCUAAAGAGACGCAGAUCUACAUAAAGUUGGUCAAAUAUGCGAUGCAGGCUUUGGAUAUCUACCAGGUACAGAUUGCCGGCAACGGGCAGACGUACAUCCGUGUGGCCAACUGUCAGACUGUCCGCAUGAAAGAGGAGAAGGAGGUGUUGGAGCACUUUGCUGGAGUCUUCACCAUGAUGAACCCACUCACCUUUAAAGAGAUCUUUCAAACCACUGUGCCGUAUAUGGUUGAGCGGAUAUCCAAAAACUAUGCCCUACAGAUUGUGGCAAACUCCUUUCUGGCCAACUUGUCAACCUCUGCGCUGUUCGCCACUAUCUUGGUGGAGUACCUUUUAGAGCGACUGCCUGAGAUGGGCUCCAAUGUAGAGUUGUCCAACCUCUACCUCAAACUCUUCAAACUUGUGUUUGGUUCUGUAUCACUAUUUGCUGCAGAGAAUGAACAAAUGCUCAAGCCUCACCUCCAUAAGAUUGUAAACAGUUCCAUGGAACUGGCCCAGUCGGCCAAAGAGCCCUACAACUAUUUCCUGUUGCUCAGAGCUUUGUUCCGCUCUAUUGGCGGUGGGAGCCAUGACUUACUGUACCAAGAGUUCCUGCCCCUUCUGCCCAACCUGCUGCAGGGCCUGAACAUGCUACAGAGUGGCCUCCAUAAGCAGCACAUGAAGGAUCUGUUUGUGGAGCUGUGUCUUACUGUGCCUGUAAGGCUGAGCUCCCUGCUGCCAUACCUGCCCAUGCUGAUGGACCCUCUUGUGUCUGCCCUCAAUGGUUCCCAGACGCUAGUCAGUCAAGGCCUGCGCACCCUCGAACUCUGUGUGGACAAUCUGCAGCCUGACUUUCUGUACGAUCACAUCCAGCCUGUGCGUGCAGAACUUAUGCAGGCUCUAUGGCGAACACUAAGGAACCCAGCAGAAACCAUCUCUCACGUGGCCUACCGGGUGCUGGGCAAGUUUGGUGGCAGCAACCGGAAGAUGCUGAAGGAGUCUCAGAGGCUGCAGUAUGUGGUAACUGAGGUUCAAGGCCCCAGCAUCAAAGUAGAGUUUACCGACUGCAAAGCUUCCAUUCAGCUGCCCAUGGAAAAGGCCAUAGAAACGGCUCUGGACUGCCUGAAGAGUGCCAACACUGAGCCAUAUUACAGGAGACAGGCCUGGGAGGUCAUCAAGUGCUUUCUGGUUGCCAUGACAAGCCUGGAGGACAACAAACAUGCCCUUUACCAGCUCCUCGCACACCCCAACUUUACAGAGAAAUGGAUCCCCAAUGUGAUUAUUUCCCACCGGUACAAGGCCCAGGACACACCUGCACGCAGGACAUUUGAACAGGCCCUGACAGGUGCCUUCAUGUCUGCAGUCAUCAAAGAUCUGCGGCCCAGUGCGCUGCCCUUUGUGGCGAGUCUCAUCAGACAUUAUACCAUGGUUGCUGUUGCUCAACAAUGUGGUCCCUUCCUUCUGCCGUGCUAUCAGCUGGGCAGUCAGCCGAGCACAGCCAUGUUCCACAGUGAGGAGAACGGCUCUAAGGGAAUGGACCCUUUGGUCCUAAUUGAUGCCAUCGCCAUCUGCAUGGCUUACGAGGAGAAGGAACUGUGCAAGAUUGGAGAAGUCGCACUGGCGGUCAUAUUUGAUGUGGCUAGCAUUAUCUUGGGCUCCAAGGAGAGAGCAUGCCAGUUGCCCCUCUUCUCAUACAUCGUGGAGCGUCUGUGUGCAUGCUGCUACGAGCAGGCCUGGUAUGCUAAGCUGGGUGGAGUGGUGUCCAUCAAGUUCCUCAUGGAAAGGCUUCCUCUCAUCUGGGUUCUACAAAACCAGCUCACCUUCCUCAAGGCUCUGCUCUUUGUCAUGAUGGACCUCACAGGCGAGGUUUCUAAUGGUGCAGUUGCAAUGGCGAAGACCACGCUGGAGCAGCUACUGGUGCGCUGUGCUACGCCUCUGAAGGAAGAGGAGAAGACAGAGGAGCUGCUGAGUGCCCAGGACAAGUCCUUCCACAUGGUGACCCAUGACCUGGUGCGAGAGGUCACUUCCCCUAACUCCACUGUGCGUAAGCAGGCCAUGCACUCCCUACAGGUGCUCGCCCAGGUCACUGGCAAGAGUGUCACAAUCAUCAUGGAGCCACAUAAAGAGGUUCUGCAGGACAUGGUUCCUCCGAAAAAACACCUGUUGCGACACCAGCCUGCCAAUGCUCAAAUUGGCCUGAUGGAGGGCAACACCUUCUGCACCACACUGCAGCCUCGCCUCUUCACCAUGGACCUUAGCGUCGUAGAGCACAAAGUGUUCUAUACUGAGUUGUUGAAUCUGUGUGAAGCUGAGGAUGCUGCCCUGAUGAAACUACCCUGCUACAAGAGCCUGCCCUCCCUGGUGCCCUUACGCAUCGCUGCACUCAACGCCUUGGCAGCCUGUAACUACCUGCCCCAGUCCAGAGAGAAGAUCAUUGCCGCACUCUUCAAGGCCCUCAAUUCCACCAACAGUGAACUGCAGGAGGCUGGGGAGGCUUGCAUGAGAAAGUUCUUGGAGGGAGCCACUAUUGAAGUGGAUCAGAUCCACACUCACAUGCGGCCUUUGCUGAUGAUGCUGGGAGACUAUCGCAGCCUGACCCUGAACGUGGUCAAUAGACUCACCUCAGUCACACGCCUAUUCCCCAACUCCUUCAACGACAAGUUCUGUGACCAGAUGAUGCAACACUUGAGGAAAUGGAUGGAGGUGGUGGUGCUCACUCAUAAAGGAGGCCAGCGCAGUGAUGGCAGUGAGAUGAAAAUCUGCUCAGCCAUCAUAAACCUCUUCCACCUGAUCCCAGCUGCUCCACAGACUCUGGUCAAACCUCUGCUGGAGGUGGUGAUGAAGACUGAGAGAGCCAUGCUUAUUGAGGCGGGCAGUCCCUUCCGUGAGCCACUCAUUAAGUUCCUGACCCGUCAUCCAUCCCAAACUGUUGAACUGUUCAUGAUGGAGGCCACUCUCAAUGACCCACAGUGGAGUCGCAUGUUCAUGAGUUUCUUGAAGCACAAAGAUGCCAAGCCCCUCCGGGACGUUUUGGCCUCAAACCCAAGCCGUUUCGUUCCUCUGCUGGUUCCUGCAGGUACUGCUGCCACAGUGCGGCCUGGGUCGCCAUCCACUAGCACUGCUCGACUGGAUCUGCAGUUCCAGGCUAUUAAGAUUAUAAGCAUUAUAGUGAAGAAUGAUGAGGGCUGGCUGGCUGGGCAGCACUCUCUGGUCAGCCAGCUCAGGCGCGUGUGGGUCAGCGAGGCCUUCCAGGAACGUCAUCGCAAAGACAACAUGGCCGCCACCAACUGGAAGGAGCCUAAACUGCUGGCUUACUGUCUGCUCAGCUAUUGCAAACGCAAUUACUCAGAGAUUGAGCUGCUCUUCCAGCUUUUGCGAGCCUUCACCGGCCGCUUCCUCUGCAACAUGACCUUCCUGAAGGAGUACAUGGAGGAAGAAAUCCCUAAGAACUACAACAUUACCCACAAACGAGCCCUCUUCUUUCGCUUUGUUGAGUUCAACGAUCCACACUUCAAUGACGAGCUCAAAGCCAAGGUGUUGCAACACAUCUUGCAUCCAGCCUUUUUGUACAGCUUUGAGAAAGGCGAGGGAGAGCAGCUUCUGGGACCCCCGAACCCUGAGGGAGACAAUCCAGAGAGCAUCACAAGUGUGUUCAUCACCAAGGUGCUAGACCCAGAGAAGCAGGCUGACCUUUUGGAUUCUCUGAGGAUCAACCUGCUGCAGUUCUCUACACUGCUGGUGGAACACGCGCCCCACCACAUCCAUGACAAUAACAAGAGCAGAAACAGCAAGCUCAGGCGCCUCAUGACUUUUGCCUGGCCCUGCCUGCUGCCCAAAGCCUGCGUGGACCCUGCCUGCAAGUACAGCGGCCACCUGCUCCUGGCCCACAUCAUAGCCAAGUUCGCCAUUCACAAGAAGAUCGUCCUGCAGGUGUUCCACAGCUUGCUGAAAGCUCACACCAUGGAGGCCCGUGCUAUCGUGCGACAAGCCAUGGCUAUCCUCACACCGGCGGUACCUGCCCGCAUGGAGGAUGGGCACCAGAUGCUCACCCACUGGACUAGGAAGAUCAUUGUGGAGGAAGGACACACUGUGCCACAGCUGGUGCACAUCCUACACCUCAUUGUGCAGCACUUCAGGGUAUACUACCCUGUGAGACAUCACCUGGUACAGCACAUGGUCAGUGCCAUGCAGCGAUUGGGCUUCACCCCCAGUGUCACCAUAGAGCAGAGGAAGCUGGCUGUAGACCUGGCUGAAGUGGUCAUCAAAUGGGAACUGCAACGGAUCAAAGAUCAACAGCCGGAGUCAGAAGCAGACCCCAGCGCAGGCGGUGAGGGAACGAGCUCGGGCUCAGGGGGAGUGAAGCGAGGCAUGUCUGUGGACUCUGCUCAGGAUGUGAAGAGGUUCCGGUCAGCCACAGGAUCUGUCGGCACGGUGUUUGGCCGCAGUCAGUCAAUGCCAGGCUCAGAGACGUUGCUCACAAAGCCUGUGGAGAAACAGCACACGGACACUGUGGUCAACUUCCUCAUCCGCAUUGCCUGCCAGGUGAAUGACAGUACCAGUGUAGCAGGUUCUCCUGGUGAGCUGCUGUCCCGCCGCUGUGUGAAUCUGAUGAAGACAGCCCUUAGGCCGGACAUGUGGCCUCGCGCUGAACUAAAACUGCAGUGGUUCGACAAGCUACUCAUGACUGUGGAGCAGCCCAACCAGGCCAACUUCUCUAACAUUUGCACAGGGCUGGAGAUCCUGAGUUUCCUGCUCACUGUUCUGCAGUCUCCUGCCAUCCUGGCCCACUUCAAGCCCUUGCAGCGUGGCAUCGCAGCCUGCAUGACUUGUGGCAACACCAAAGUCCUACGAGCUGUCCACUCUCUGCUCUCCAGACUUAUGAGCAUUUUUCCCACUGAACCUAGCACCUCUUCAGUGGCCUCUAAAUAUGAGGAGUUGGAGUCCUUGUACGCUGCUGUAGGAAAGGUCAUUUAUGAGGGCCUCACUAACUACGAGAAGGCCACCAGUGCCAACCCCACUCAGCUGUUCGGAACACUCAUGAUCCUGAAGUCUGCCUGCAGCUACAACUCUAGCUACAUAGACCGACUCAUCUCGGUCUUCAUGCGUUCACUGCAGAAGAUGGUGCGUGAACACCUGAGCCCACAGACCAACCCUGGCGCCACGGAAACCAGUGCAGUGACAAGUGAGCUGGUCAUGUUAAGUCUGGACCUGGUGAAGACCAGGCUGUCUGUCAUGAACAUGGAGAUGAGAAAGAACUUCAUUCAAGUAAUCCUCACCUCACUGAUCGAGAAAUCGCCAGACCCAAAGAUCCUGCGAGCUGUGGUGAAGAUUGUGGAGGAAUGGGUCAAGAACAAUUCCCCUAUGGCUGCCAACCAGAUGCCUAAUCUGAGAGAGAAGUCUAUUCUGCUGGUGAAAAUGAUGACCUACAUUGAGAAGCGCUUUCCUGACGACCUUGAAUUGAACGCCCAGUUCCUGGACCUCGUUAAUUACGUCUACAGGGAUGAGAACCUCUCAGGAAGUGACAUCACAUCAAAGCUAGAGCCAGCCUUCCUGUCAGGGCUACGCUGUGCUCAACCGCUGAUUAGGGCAAAGUUCUUCGAGGUGUUUGAUGCUUCUAUGAAGCGGAGGGUCUACGAGCGGCUCCUCUACAUCUGCUGUUCACAGAACUGGGAGGCCAUGGGCAGCCACUUUUGGAUCAAGCAGUGCAUUGAGCUGCUGCUAGCAGUGUGUGAGAAGGGCACCAUUAUUGGCACGAGCUGCCAGGGCUCCAUGCUGCCCUCCAUCACCAACGUCAUCAACCUGGCAGACAGCCAUGACCGCGCUGCCUUCGCCAUGGCAACUCACAUCAAGCAGGAGCCUCGUGAGAGGGAAAACAGUGAGACGAAGGAGGAGGAUGUGGAGAUAGACAUUGAGCUGGCCCCCGGAGACCAGACCAGCCUGCCUAAGACCAAGGAGCAGGCAGAGCGAGACGCUGGCAACCAGCUGCACAUGCUCACCAACCGUCAUGACAAGUUCCUGGACUCCCUCAGAGAGGUCAAGACGGGAGCACUGCUGAAUGCUCUGGUGCAGCUGUGUCACAUUUCCACUCCGCUGGCCGAGAAGACGUGGGUGCAGCUCUUCCCUCGCCUCUGGAAGAUUCUGUCUGAUCGACAACAGCAUGCUCUUUCGGGAGAAAUGGGUCCAUUCUUGUGCAGUGGCAGUCAUCAGGCUCAGAGGGACUGCCAGCCCAGCGCUCUCAACUGCUUCGUGGAGGCCAUGUCACAGUGUGUGCCGCCCAUUCCCAUCAGGCCCUGUGUGCUCAAGUAUCUGGGCAAGACGCACAACCUGUGGCUGCGCUCCACCCUGAUGCUGGAGCAGCAAGCCUUUGAGAAAGGCCUCAGUCUGCACAUCAAACCCAAGCAGAGCACAGAGUUCUAUGAGCAGGAGAGCAUCACACCUCCACAGCAGGAAAUCCUGGACUCACUUGCAGAACUGUACUCGCUGCUGCAGGAGGAGGACAUGUGGGCUGGUUUGUGGCAGAAGCGUUGCAAGUUCCCGGAGACCAGCACAGCCAUUGCCUAUGAGCAGCAUGGCUUCUUUGAGCAGGCACAAGAGAGUUAUGAGAAGGCCAUGGAGAAAGCCCGAAAAGAGCACGAGAGGACCAACACCUCACCUGCCAUUUUCCCCGAGUACCAGCUGUGGGAGGACCAUUGGAUCCGCUGCUCUAAGGAACUGAACCAGUGGGAACCUCUCACUGAAUAUGGCCAGUCCAAAGGUCACAGCAACCCUUACCUUGUGCUGGAGUGUGCCUGGAGAGUGUCCAACUGGGCUGCCAUGAAAGAGGCACUGGUGCAGGUGGAGUUGAGCUGUCCUAAGGAGAUGGCAUGGAAGGUAAACAUGCAUCGUGGAUACCUGGCUAUCUGUCACCCAGAGGAGCAGCAGCUAAACUUCAUUGAAAGGCUGGUUGAGAUGGCCAGCAGUCUGGCCAUCAGAGAGUGGCGAAGACUGCCUCACAUUGUCUCACAUGUCCACACCCCACUGCUGCAGGCUGCUCAGCAGAUCAUUGAGUUGCAGGAGGCAGCUCAGAUCAACGCGGGUCUCCAGCCAGCCAACCUGGGCCGCAACACCAGCCUGCAUGACAUGAAGACGGUGGUGAAGACGUGGCGGAACAGGUUGCCCAUUGUCUCUGAUGACCUCUCUCACUGGAGCAGCAUCUUCAUGUGGCGCCAACACCACUACCAGGCUAUAGUGUCGGCUUAUGAGAGCAACACACAGCAUGACCCCAACACCAACAAUGCUAUGCUCGGCGUCCACGCGUCUGCCUCAGCCAUCAUCCAGUAUGGAAAAAUCGCUCGUAAGCAAGGUCUAGUCAACGUGGCCCUUGACAUCCUUAGUCGCAUCCACACCAUCCCCACCGUGCCCAUCGUGGACUGCUUCCAGAAGAUCCGGCAGCAGGUCAAAUGCUACCUGCAGCUGGCUGGAGUCAUGGGCAAGAACGAAUGCAUGCAGGGGCUGGAGGUGAUAGAGUCCACCAAUCUGAAGUACUUCACCAAGGAGAUGACCGCAGAGUUCUACGCUCUCAAGGGCAUGUUCUUAGCCCAGAUCAAUAAGUCUGAAGAAGCCAAUAAGGCUUUCUCGGCAGCUGUGCAGAUGCAUGAUGUGCUGGUGAAAGCUUGGGCCAUGUGGGGCGACUACCUCGAGAACAUUUUUGUGAAAGACCGCCAGCUGCAUCUUGGCGUAUCAGCCAUCACCUGCUAUCUCCACGCCUGCCGCCAUCAAAAUGAGAGCAAGUCCCGCAAAUAUCUAGCCAAGGUGUUGUGGUUGCUGAGUUUUGAUGACAAGAACACGCUAGCGGAUGCGGUAGAUAAAUAUUGCAUUGGAGUGCCUCCCAUCCAGUGGCUGGCCUGGAUCCCCCAACUCCUCACCUGCCUCGUGGGCUCUGAAGGCAAGCCUCUACUCAACCUCAUCAGCCAGGUGGGACGUGUCUACCCUCAAGCUGUGUACUUCCCCAUCCGUACUCUCUACCUGACGCUGAAGAUUGAACAGCGGGAACGCUACAAGAGCGAUUCUGGUCAGCAGCAGCCAAGUUCAGUGGGGGCUCAGAGUCACUCCGCUUCAGACCCAGGACCUAUCCGGGCUACGGCGCCGAUGUGGCGCUGCAGCCGCAUCAUGCACAUGCAGCGUGAGCUGCACCCCACACUUCUCUCCUCUCUGGAGGGCAUUGUGGACCAGAUGGUGUGGUUCAGAGAGAACUGGCACGAAGAGGUUCUGCGGCAGCUGCAGCAGGGCCUGGCCAAAUGCCACUCUGUGGCGUUUGAGAAGAGUGGAGCUGUGUCAGAUGCUAAAAUCACACCACACACUCUGAACUUUGUGAAGAAGCUGGUGAGCACAUUUGGUGUGGGCUUGGAGAAUGUUUCCAAUGUCUCCACCAUGUUCUCCAGCGCUGCUUCCGAAUCUCUGGCCCGCCGAGCCCAGGCCACUGCUCAGGACCCUGUCUUCCAGAAGAUGAAGGGGCAGUUCACCACAGAUUUUGACUUCAGUGUUCCUGGCUCGAUGAAACUGCACAAUCUCAUUUCCAAACUGAAGAAAUGGAUCAAGAUCCUGGAAGCCAAGACCAAGCAACUGCCGAAGUUCUUCCUGAUUGAGGAGAAGUGCCGUUUCCUUAGCAACUUCUCAGCCCAGACAGCUGAGGUGGAGAUCCCAGGAGAAUUCCUCAUGCCCAAGCCCACACAUUAUUACAUCAAGAUUGCCAGGUUUAUGCCCAGGGUUGAGAUCGUCCAGAAGCACAACACAGCUGCCCGCCGCCUCUACAUACGUGGCCACAACGGGAAGAUCUACCCAUACCUGGUGAUGAACGAUGCCUGUCUAACAGAAUCGCGCAGAGAGGAGCGUGUGCUGCAGCUCCUGCGCCUCCUCAACCCCUGCCUAGAGAAAAGAAAGGAGACCACCAAGAGACAUCUCUUCUUCACAGUCCCCAGGGUGGUGGCCGUGUCUCCUCAGAUGCGACUGGUGGAGGAUAACCCCUCGUCUCUCUCUCUGGUGGAGAUCUAUAAACAGCGCUGUGCUAAGAAGGGCAUUGAGCAUGACAACCCAAUCUCCCGCUACUACGACAGGCUUGCCACAGUGCAGGCCAGAGGAACGCAAGCCAGUCAUCAGGUGUUGCGGGACAUUCUGAAAGAGGUGCAAGGGAACAUGGUUCCACGCAGCAUGCUGAAAGAGUGGGCCCUGCACACUUUCCCCAACGCCACUGAUUACUGGACCUUCCGCAAGAUGUUCACCAUCCAGCUGGCCCUCAUAGGCCUGGCUGAGUUCAUGCUGCACCUCAACCGCCUCAACCCAGAGAUGCUACAGAUUGCUCAGGACACCGGGAAGCUCAAUGUUUCCUAUUUCCGCUUUGACAUCAAUGAUGCCACUGGUGAUCUGGAUGCUAACAGGCCUGUGCCCUUCCGCUUGACCCCCAACAUCUCGGAGUUCCUGACCACCAUUGGGGUUUCCGGCCCUCUCACUGCUUCCAUGAUCGCUGUUGCCCGCUGCUUUGCCCAGCCCAAUUUUAAGGUGGAUGGUAUUCUGAAGGCCGUGCUGCGAGACGAGAUCAUCGCCUGGCACAAGAAGACUCAGGAGGACACAUCCAUGCCUCUGUCCCCCGCUGGACAGCCAGAGAACAUGGACAGUCAGCAGCUGGUCUCGCUGGUCCAGAAGGCCGUGACUGCCAUCAUGACCCGCCUGCACAACCUGGCACAGUUUGAGGGCGGUGAGAGCAAGGUCAACACACUGGUGGCAGCCGCCAACAGUCUGGACAACCUCUGCCGCAUGGACCCAGCCUGGCAUCCUUGGCUAUAGGCCUUCAGGAUGCUGGAAAAGGCAUUACAAGCUACGCAGACGUCUCUAUUGGAGAUAGAAGGCUUCACUGUGAAGAAGUUUGGUUGAACGUCAGGGUUAACUACUUAUCUAAAUCGCACAGCUGGUAAAACACUCUGGUUUUACGUAACAUGUAGAGGUUUGCUGGAGAAUAUGAUGAUGUGUUGAGCUAUAAAUGGGAAAAAAGAUGCAUUAUUGUGAUUUGUGUUAUUCUUGUCAUUAGAGAGCUUCCGGGUCAGAGAUUCCCGCUUCAGUUGAAAGCAGCAUUGUGCUCAGAUAAAGCCUAUUGUUCACCUGAUGUGCUCAGCGUUGUGCUUUUGUUGGUGUACCUAUGGUUUUUGGUGUAAAGUUACAGGCAAACAAAACUGCCUGAAAAGAAAGUGCUCAAAUUCUGCUGUUGUUUUGUGUUUUUUCAGCCAGGCACAGUGUUGGAAUUAUCCCAGCAGGUUUUAUGCAAUGUGCUGUGAUGUUACCUCCCCCACUCUACCAUUUCUCACUCUCUGUGUAAAAGAUUUUGAUUUCGCCAGCCAGCAGUCACGUUAAGCAAUGUUCAGCCUCAUAUUUCUUAGGUUGUCACUUAAGUUAUAAAUAGGUAGGCAUUUUUUUGUAUCUUUUAGUACAUCGUGUGAAUAAUGGCAUUGUCUCAGCCUGUUUCCACCACUGUAUUGUGUAACUUGCUAGUUUAUUGUAAUCCUACUGUGAUUAGUUUGGCGGCUACUCCCUUCGUCUGCACUGCUGUCAGACCCCAAAUUGUUACUCUGUCCUGUCUGCUUUUUGGCAGACAGCUGUCAGACUUGGAAUUUACUCACUGUUCUAUUAAGGCAAAGCACAUUUACCUGUUACCAUUAAGAAAUAAGCAAUAGUCUGAAGGCUGAGUUUUCACAUCACAAUAUGUCUUUCAAUGUACCAGCCAUACCAGCUUUACUGAAAACUGUCUAGUCAUCUUUCGCUACCUUUGAGUUACCAAACUCUGCCUUUUUGGGACAGUGCCCUGUUGACUUGUUUCUAUAUCACUGAUAUGCCUAGACUCAUUUUUGUACAUGAUCCCUGCCUUUUUGUAAUGGUACAAAACAUUGUGCCAAUCCAAGGAUUGUUACUGUGCAGUGUAAAUAUGCAUUUUGUUGUAAUAAAAUGCUCUUUUUAGAAAAUGAGUCAUUCAGGAA